AUUACCCCCUGAUGUGAUCUUCAUUUUGUCCUCUCAAAUUCUAUUACUCUUCCUUCCUUCUCCCCCAAUUAAGAUUCUUGUCCUCAAAAUCAUUCAUGUUGCAGAAGAAGUACCUCUGAUCGAUGUCUAAUAACAAAGGAAAAGAUGUUGCAGAAGGAUCAUCUUCAAGAUCUACUUCUUCUGUUCAGCAACAUCAACUAACUAAUACUGCCGCUCCUCCACCGCCGCUCAGCCGCUAUGAGUCGCAAAAGCGGCGGGAUUGGAACACUUUUGGGCAGUAUUUGAGGAACCAGCGGCCCCCGGUGGCGCUUUCGCAGUGCAAUUCUAAUCAUGUGCUGGAUUUUCUUCGGUAUCUUGAUCAAUUCGGGAAGACGAAGGUGCACUUACAGGGUUGUGUGUUUUUUGGUCAGCCUGAGCCACCAGGGCCUUGUUCUUGUCCGCUUAAACAAGCCUGGGGAAGCCUGGAUGCUCUCAUCGGCCGCCUCCGAGCUGCCUACGAAGAGAACGGUGGGUUGCCGGAGACAAACCCGUUUGCCAGCGGAGGUAUUCGGCUUUAUCUGCGUGAAGUGAGGGACUCUCAAGCUAAGGCUAGAGGAAUUCCAUACAAGAAGAAAAAGAAGAAGAGGGCCAUGACGACGACAAUGAAGCCAAAUGAAGAGACUUCAAAUUUUCCUAUGCAAUAAACUUUGGUUCCUAUUGCUUUUCCCAGGAAGCUGGCCUUUUGAAAAGCUCUAAGUCUUGAUUCAGCCGUCAUGUUCUGGAGCUCUAUGGUACUGCAAACAAGUCUUCUGGGAAGAAAUUCUUGAAUUUCUUUAGUAGUUGAAGCAAUCUAUAAAUUUAUGAGAAUUAAAGCAUCGAUCGAGAUGGUGAAGGGGCAACACUCCAAAUAAGCUGAAGUAAGUUUCUUUCGUUUUGCCUCUCUUCUUCCCUUUGAUCGAUCUUCUGAAACAUAAAACAUAUUUAUUCAAGUUUGUUGCCACAAACAAUCCCCAGAAAUAUGUAAAUUUAUACUGCUGUUAUGUUGUCGGAUCUUUUAAACUUGUGAUAUUAUAUGCGAGUAUUCAAUAUGAUCUA